UCCCUUUUCACUGGUGCUUUCCCUCGCGUUUUCUAUAUGAAGACCGUGGAAAUGGCCCACCACGAUGCUGACCCUGACCUUGUUCAACAUCUAAGCUUCCGACAUCCUUUCCCACUGUGGACUUUCCCCUAACCAACUCCCCGUCCCCAAUCCCUUUGAUUUGUUCACAAUUUGACUUUGACAACUUCAUAGAUGGAGAUUUCAUCCCAGUAACAAGCAGUUUGCUCUCUCAUCUUGAACUUCUGUAGCUCCUCGGUGCUUCAAGAAGAUGGAGUCCGAUAAGAUUAAAGGGGUUGUCGUAAUCACUCUUCCGCCGCCGGACAAUCCGUCGUUGGGUAAAUCCAUCACUGCUUUCACACUUACCGAUGACUUCCCGGAACCUCCUCGCGAAUCCGUUGCCGUUGAUCAAGAAGUACAACAACCCAACAGUAAUCAUUUGACUCUUACAUCGAAUCUCCCGAUUCAAGCUCCUUCGUAUCAGCGAAGUAUCCCUUUGUCGAGGGAGCUUUUUGCUGGUACUCCUAGAAAGCUUGUUGUCUUAUUAGGCAUUGCCCUCGUUGCUAUUUAUCUUUAUUCUUCCAAUUUUCCGGAGACUCUUCAGGAGCUACGUAGUUCCGAGAAGAACGAUGAGGAUCGCCCUACAUCCUUGCUGUUUCCGCUUUAUUUCGAAUCGGAGUUGGGUGCUACCAGUGAUUUCCAGCUUAAGUUGGGAAGAACUGUAGGUGUAAAUAAGGAUGAUCUGGGUGCAACAUUCAAUGAUGUACUUGGAGUGCCGAAGCCUAGCAAGUUGAUUUCUGCCACUUUAAAAUCUGAUUCCUCAGCCGUUUUUCCUGUGCGGGGAGAUAUCUAUCCAGAUGGAUUGUAUUAUACUUACAUAAUGGUUGGAGAGCCACCGAGACCUUACUUCCUCGACAUUGAUACUGGGAGUGACUUGACAUGGGUUCAAUGUGACGCUCCUUGCACCAGUUGUGGCAAGGGAAGAAAUCCAUUAUACAAGCCAAAAAGAGAGAACGUUGUAUCUUUCAGGGACUCUUUGUGCAUGGAAGUUCAGAGAAAUUAUGAUGGCGAUCAGUGUGUAGCCUGCCAUCAGUGUGACUACGAGGUUCAAUAUGCAGACCAGAGCUCCUCUCUAGGGGUUCUUGUUAAAGACAAGUUUACUUUAAGGUUUUCCAAUGGAUCAUUGACUAAGUUAAAUGCAAUUUUCGGGUGUGCUUAUGAUCAGCAAGGCUUACUAUUGAACACUUUGUCGAGGACAGAUGGCAUUCUGGGACUAAGCAGGGCUAAAGUUAGCUUACCUUCCCAGUUGGCCAGUCAAGGGAUAAUAAACAAUGUGGUAGGUCACUGUCUUACCGGUGAUCCAGCAGGUGGUGGAUAUUUGUUUUUAGGUGAUGAUUAUGUGCCACAGUGGGGGAUGGCAUGGGUUGCCAUGCUUGACAGCCCUUCCAUAGAUUUUUAUCAAACAAAGGUUGUGAGAAUAGAUUAUGGAAGCAGCUCACUGAAUCUUGAUACUUGGGGAAGCAACCGAGAACGAGUAGUUUUUGAUAGUGGCAGCUCAUACACAUACUUCACAAAAGAAGCGUAUACCCAAUUGGUUGCAAAUCUUGAAGAACUCUCGGUUUUUGGGCUUAUUAUUCAAGAUUCGUUGGAUACCAUUUGUUGGAAAACUGAAUCUUCUUUCAGAUCUGUUAAAGAUGUCAAGCAGUUCUUCAAGCCUCUAACCCUUCAGUUCGGGAGCAGAUUUUGGGUUGUGUCAACAAAACUUGUGAUUCCUCCAGAGAAUUAUUUGUUGAUCAAUAAAGAAGGAAAUGUAUGCUUGGGAAUUCUUGAUGGAAGCCAGGUACAUGAUGGGUCCACAAUCAUUCUUGGAGACAAUGCAUUGCGUGGGAAAUUGGUCGUUUAUGACAACGUGAAUCAGAGAAUUGGAUGGACUUCAUCCGACUGUCACAAUCCAAGAAGAAUUAAACACCGCCCACUAGUUUGAUACACUGUCAAUCUACAGAUAAACUACUUAGUAAUUAUUACGUGGCAUGCCUAGAUUGUUCUGUCUAUAAAUACGAACUGCUUAUUUGUGAAUAAAAUAACAAGUUUUUCAAAUA